GUUUCGUCAGAAACUUCUGUUUUUGUCCUUGGAAGCUAGGCGGUACCUAAUUCUUUCUCUGCCUCUCCACGAUCCAGGAGCCGAGCCAAUGAUGCUUGGUUCGCCUACCUCGCCGAAGCCCGGAGCCGGUGCGCAGUUUUUACCUGGAUUUCUAAUGGGGGAUUUGCCGGCCCCCGCGACCCCACAACCUCGUUCUUUCAGUGUUCCUUCAGUUGGGGUCAUGGAAAUGAGGUCUCCGCUGCAUGCUGCAGGGUCCCCGCCCCAACCCGUCGUGCCGGCCCCCAAGGACAAGAGCGGUGCCCCGCCGGUGAGAAGUAUCUACGAUGAGCUGUCCAGCCCUGGCCUCGGGUCCACGCCUUUGGCUUCCAGGAGACAAGGGCCCGGUGUUUCGGUGAUGCAGAGUCCUCUGAGUGGGCCUGUCCCAGCGUCAUCAGGAACAGCAGGCGCGGGGAUGUUCGGCCCUGCCGCGAUCGGACAGCCCCGGAAGACCACCCUGUCACCGGCCCAGCUGGACCCCUUCUUCACCCAGGGCGACGCUCUGACUUCCGAGGAUCAUCUGGAUGACACCUGGGUAACUGUGUUUGGGUUUCCUCAAGCGUCUGCUUCCUAUAUCCUCCUACAGUUCGCCCAGUACGGAAACAUAUUAAAGCACGUGAUGUCCAACACGGGGAAUUGGAUGCAUAUUCAUUAUCAGUCCAAACUUCAGGCCCGAAAGGCCUUAAGCAAAGAUGGGAGGAUCUUUGGAGAAUCCAUCAUGAUCGGAGUAAAGCCUUGUAUCGACAAAAAUGUGAUGGAGAGCUCUGACAGGAGUGCUGGGUCUCCCCCGUCCUCAGCUUUCACACCACCCAUCAAAACCUUAGGCACCCCUGUGCCCCCGAGUAGCACUCCCAGAAUUUCUACCAUGAGGCCCCUGGCCACUGCAUACAAAGCCUCUGCCAGCGACUACCAGGUGGUCUCAGACCGACAGACGCCGAGGAAGGACGAAAGUCUUCUCUCUAAAGCAAUGGAGUACAUGUUCGGCUGGUAGUGUCGAUCAGCGGGACGGGAAUCGGCGGAGAGAAAUGGGUAUCGCGCUAAAGCUUGGUCACGGCCUGAUUAGGCUCCCUUUGGUUAGUUGUAUAACCGUUCUGGGGCAGCGUUUGGACUCGUCAUCCCUAUUAAUGCCUUUUUAAAAAAUGCAGUGUACCAGGAGCUCGCACUCUAAGUGAUGGACGUAGCCAGGUUUUGAGGAAACUUCAGAAAUCUACGGAAAACUAGUUCGGGUGCUUUACGGGCACUGGUUAGGUGCAUGCACUCUAGGCACGAAAGACCCGUCCCGGGCUUCCUUAGCUCCUGAAACAGAGUUGUUUUGUCCCGAGACUUCUGAAUGGCUUCUUUCUGUACGGAGCGAAGACCGUCCAUCGUGAACUCUCGCUGUUUGAAUGACCCCACAUUAAGAGAUGCCAUUUUGAGGCUCAUUGUCGUGGCUGUCUUGUCCGGAAUUCUCAUUCAGAGAGUCGCAAAACCGGGAACUGCUCUUUUUAGAAACAUUUUAUUCAGAUUUCCUAAUAAACGUUCAAAAGUUGGGCCCUU